GCACUCGAGUCCAAAGGUCACUCUCAGUGCUGUGUCUUUCUCCUGCAUAGAAGAGAAGAGACAAGCUACACCGAACCUGUGAGCCAUAGGAGGAUAGAGCGAGAGAGGAAUUGUAGGUCUCUGUCCCUCUCUUUCCGAGCUCAGAUCGUCCAAGACUUCCAUACACUGUAGCAGAAAGAAGAUCUGGUUUACGGAAAGCAAUGCCUGUCCGGAGUUUCUGCUGAUUUGUUAUUAUUGUAGUCAGACGAGACUUUAAUAUUGAACGGACGGGGAGGCUCCGGCGACGAACGUAGUCGAAGUGGACACUACAACUGCCACGGCUCUGCAGGUCCAAGAUCUCGAAAAACAAUGCCAUUUGGAAGAAGAUCUCGUGUAGGAACAUUUUAUCCGGCUUGAAAUCAGAGACUGCAUGCUUUAGCGCUUGGUUAUAAGGAAUGCAACUGGCGUAGCAAAUCAGCUUAAUCGGUAGAGGUUGAUUGGAUAGUGGAGAUGGAGGGGACAUGGGAGCAUUUUGGAGAGAUUGCAAAUGUGGCACAGCUUGCUGGCUUCGAUGCGGUGGGGUUGAUUGCGAUGAUAGUGAAAGCAGCAAGUACAGCACGUAUGCACAAGAAGAACUGCAGGCAAUUUGCGCAGCAUUUGAAAUUGAUCGGUAACUUGUUGGAGCAGCUGAAGAUUUCGGAGCUGAAAAGGUAUCCAGAGACUCGAGAACCGCUCGAGCAGCUUGAGGAUGCCUUGAGGAGGUCUUAUAUUUUGGUUAAUAGUUGCCAGGAUAGGAGCUAUCUGUAUUUGCUUGCUAUGGGAUGGAACAUUGUGUACCAGUUCAGGAAGGCUCAGAAUGAGAUUGAUAGAUACUUGAAGAUUGUCCCUCUUAUUACGCUGGUGGACAAUGCUCGAGUCAGGGAGAGAAUAGAAUAUAUUGAGAAAGAUCAACGCGAGUACACAUUAGAUGAAGAGGACAGAAAUGUGCAAGAUGUGAUCAUGAAACCAGAUCCAUCAAAAACUGAUACUGUGAUAUUGAAGAAAACUCUUUCUUGUUCCUACCCAAAGUUGCGCUUUAAUGAAGCACUGCAGGAAGAAAAUCAAAAGCUUCAACUAGAGCUACAACGAUCACAGGCUCAUUUGGAUGUAACUCAGUGUCAGGUUAUCCAGCAUUUGAUUGAUGUAACAGAAGCUGUUGCAGCUAAUUCUCUCCCUGAGAAGAGUUCACGCAUCAAGGGUUCCAAAAAAAUGGAUAAUGAUAGAGAAGACUCAUUUGAAGAAAGCAAUCCUAAGAAGAUUGCUUCUCUGAGAACUUCAAGAAACACAUCUUCGGUUUCAUCAGGGCAUGAUCUGCUUUCAAGGAAAGGUUCACAUCUGCAUGAAGAAUGGAAUACUGAUUUACUGAGUUGUUGUUCAGAACCCUCUCUAUGUAUAAAGACAUUUUUCUACCCUUGUGGCACAUUUUCAAAGAUUGCUACAGUGGCGACCAACAAGCACAUGUCUUCGGCAGAAGCAUGUAAUGAAUUGAUGGCAUAUUCGUUGAUAUUGUCAUGCUGUUGCUAUACUUGCUGUGUCAGGAGGAAGCUUCGCAAGACGUUCAACAUCACGGGAGGCUUUAUUGACGAUUUCCUCUCACAUUUAAUGUGCUGCUGUUGUGCCCUUGUUCAAGAGUGGCGAGAGGUGGAGAUCCGGGGGGAUUAUGGUCCUGAGAAGACGAAAAUAAGCCCGCCAGCCUCGCAAUUUAUGGAAUCCUGAGAGAUUGGAUUAAAGGUUUUAUAAGUUUCUGUUUGCAAAUUCAUAGACAUGGUUUGAAAACUGGAGGUAAUGGCACAUCGUUUUUAUUAUAUGAAAUCAGUUAUGAAUUCGCCAUAUGUAAAGUAUAUAUUCACCUCCCAGAUUUAUCAGUGUGUAUCACAAAGACUAUAAUUGUUUACUUUAGUGUUCUUUGAGACCA